AUCACACGGCAACAGUCUAUCCCUCACCCGACACACAGGUUACUACCACGUUCUACGACCGUAACUACUGCCGUGUGCAAAUGUGCACUCUCUUGCUGGACUGACAGGAGAAGCUAACGUACACUUACACAACAAAAAAUGGAAGACUACAACAUGCGGAGGCUUUCAAAUUUGUCGGCGGUGCUGGAAGCUGAAUCGGGCCUCGGAGGGACUGCGCUGUUGAUCGUGGACCCUCAGGCGGACUUCCACGAGGGAGGUGCGCUAGCCAUACAAGGCGCAAGCGACGACGCGGAGCGCAUCGCGCAACUAGUCACGGAUCAGUCCGAGCACAUCGACGAGAUUGUCGUGACAUUGGACUCCCAUCAUCGUAUGGAUAUCGCCCAUCCGAUGUUCUGGACGGACGGUAGGGGCGGCGGGUCAUACCCGGCUCCCUUCACCUUGAUCAAGUCGGAAGACAUCCAAAAUGGGACAUGGUUGCCCGUUGAGGAGGAGCACAAGGAACACUGCAUCGAGUACACGAGGAAGCUUGAGGAGGGGGGAAAGUUCACGCUGUGUGUCUGGCCCGAGCACUGUCUGAUUGGAACUCCAGGACAUGCCGUCAAUCCUGUUAUAAACAAAGCAAUCCAGGAGUGGGCUGUGGCCAAAAAGAGGAGCGUGACGUACGUUCACAAGGGACAGCACCCGCUCACUGAGCACUACAGUUGCUUCGCCGCGGAGGUGCCCGUGGCAGGCGAUGAAGCGAACGAAAAGGGUCGGAUCCUGCUCGCCAAGCUGUGCGCACGAGACGUCGUGGUGGUCUGCGGACAAGCGUCUUCCCACUGCGUGAACUUUUCCGCCCGAGACUUGGCGGCGGCGUGGAAGCGAACGACCGCGGGGGGUCUGAACGAGGACGUUGCUCGGCGUCGGAUGGGAAGCCUGGUACUACUCAAGGACGGCAUGUCGCCCGUCACUGGAUUCGAGAGUGAGGCUUCGAAGUUCUUGGACGACAUGGCCGGGAUGGGAAUCAGUGUGCGCUCGUGUGCCGAAGUUUCCUUGAGUCCGUGAUUGCGGAACGCGACCGCGGUGGGCUUAUAAAAUCAACGCCUGAUACGGGACGCACUGGUUACCAAAAUUGAUGGUAGCUGCUGUUGGGCGUCUGUGUUCUCAGGGAUGAUUCUGUGGCAGAAUUUCGUUUAUUUUAGAGUGGGGUAUCGAGGUAGCCUAUCCACACACAAUAACACAACACCCAGUGGUAAUUUUUUAGGGGUCAACAUGAGUCCAAAACGUUAAAAUACUCUCUGAUCAAAGGAAUAGGGCGACGAAAGAUAUCACAUACCCCACACAGUAGCACAACCAGUGAUUAAUGUUUUUGAACCAAAGUAUCAUCACCGGGUGUAUGUUUUCUUGUGUCAUGUAUACGGUACUAAGCAGAAAGGGGGUGUUUUGUCCAGGAAGAUGUGGUGUCUUGUUAAAGGAGGUCCGGCAGCUAAAGUCAACGUUACAAUAUACUUUACGUACCUGCU